CCUCCCGGUGUCGGCCCUCCGGGAUGGCGCCGCAGGUGCUCGGCAGGGCUCUGGUCACCGCGAAAUGGCUCUCGGAGGCCGUGCGGGCCGGGAGGGUGGGGACGAGCCUGCGGGUACUGGAUGCUUCCUGGUACCCGCCACAGGAGCGAAACGCCCGGCAGGAGUUCAAGGAGAGGCACAUUCCUGGGGCGUCCUUCUUUGACAUCGAGGAAUGUCGGGACCAGUCCUCCCCUUACGACUUCAUGCUGCCCAGCGAGUCCCACUUUGCCGACUACGUGGGGCGCCUGGGGGUUAGCAACGACACCCACGUGGUGGUGUACGAUGGGGACGAGCUGGGCACCUUCUAUGCCCCCCGCGCCUGGUGGAUGUUCCGGGCCUUUGGGCACAAGGAGGUCUCUGUGCUGAACGGUGGCUUCAAGAACUGGGUGAAGGAGGGCCACCCCGUCACAGCGGAGGUCAGCCAGCCAACCCUGGCUGUCUUUAAGGCGAAGCUCAACACAGCCCUGCUGAAGACCUUUGAAGAGAUGAUGCAGAACGUGGGGUCCCUGCAGUUCCAGGUGGUGGAUUCUCGCCCCGAAGGCCGGUUCCGGGGCACCGAGCUGGACCAAGGGCUGGAAUCUGGUCACAUCCCUGGUGCUGUGAACAUACCCUUCCGCUCAUUCCUAACAGAAACUGGCCAUGAGAAAAGUAUUGAGGAGAUCCAACAAAUAUUCUAUGAGAAUAAAGUGGAUCUCUCAAAGCCACUGACAGCCACGUGCCGCAAAGGUGUCACAGCAUGUCACAUUGCCUUGGCAGCCUACCUGUGUGGGAAGCGUGAUGUGGCUGUUUAUGAUGGUUCCUGGUCAGAGUGGUUCCACCGUGCCCCACCUCGCUACAAGGUCUCUGAGAUGAAGCGCAACAAGGCCUAGAGGGAGAAUUGUUCCUUGGGCAAUGAGAUCUAGUAACUGUCUCCAGCCCAGGGUACGGGGAAGGAAAGAAGGUGGAAGUAAAGAAAAAACAUGCUGAUUUGUAUUUUAACAAUUUUUCUAAGAAUGAUCAGUAGACUUCUAUUGAUCUUUCAGUUUCUAACAAUGAAUAAAAUCUACUUCUAAGAUGAUG